AUGACUGCAAAACAUGAAUCGAUGUCGGGGUUUCAGCCGAUGGAGUCAUUGGUUGCUAUGGCAACCAUCUUCCACAUCCAGUUUGAGAGGCCGAAACCCAAAGUUGGCGUGGAGCACGUCCAGCCUGAUCCUAGCAAGCUUGGCCAGAGUCAACAAGUUGGAAACAGCAAUGGGCAGGCCGAAGCCAUAGGCGUUGCCCAAGGCUUAGAUGACGAUUCUUUUCAGUUCGGGGAAGAGCUAGGAAAGAUCCAGUUUUCUCUCAUGUAUGACUUUCCCGAUCAAACACUGGUGCUGAGGAUCGUCAAAGCAAAUCAUCUUCCUGCCAAAGAUUUCAGCGGAACAAGUGAUCCUUUUGUUAAAAUCAUGCUCCUGCCAGAUAAGAAAGUCAAAAUGGAAACCAAAGUGAAGAGGAAAAACCUCAAUCCUAUUUGGAACGAAUCUUUUCAUUUUGAAGGGUAUCCAUACAGCAAAAUACAGGAGCGUGUUCUACAUCUACAAGUGCUGGACUACGAUCGCUUUAGUAGAAACGACCCGAUUGGGGAAAUCAACUUGCCACUCGCCGAGGUCGACUUGACACAUGAAAAAUUGUACUGGAGGUCACUCACCCCAAGUAAAAAGUCAUCAGGUAAACUCGGGAGUUUACUGGUGUCAUUGUGCUAUGCACCUACGGCCGGAAGGAUUACCAUUACAGUCCUUAAGUGUCAAAAUUUAGCUGCCAAAGAUAUUACAGGAAAAUCAGAUCCGUAUGUGAAAAUCUGGCACAUGCACAAGGACAAGCGGGUUGAGAAGAAGAAAACGGUCGUCAAGUACCACACGCUUAAUCCCGUCUAUAACGAGUCCUUCGUAUUUAACAUCCCGCUUGACAGGAUACGUGACACGACCUUCGUCAUUUCGGUCCUCGACAAGGACCGCCUCUCAAAGAACGAUAUGAUCGGAGGGAUCCUUCUCGGCGCGCGGACGUCGCCGGCCGAAAUGAGCCACUGGAACGAGAUGAUGAGCAAGCCGCGGACUAAUAUCGCCAAAUGGCAUGUGCUAAAAGGGGUUAAUUGAUGAUAGCGCCGUCGCCGCGGUGUUUUCGAUGUCGAGUUGGUACUUUCAACACAUGUGCAUUUAUCCGACUGUAGAUUUCAAGCCAACUGUCCGACCCCCGUUUUCAGGUUCUGCCGGAAGUGUGGGGGAUGGAGAACUGCGUAGUAUUUUGAGAUCGAUGGAAUUCAUGAUUUACAUCUCAGAGUUUUGUAUAACCAUGCAUCGUCAUUUAGUUGGUGUCCGUGCGUAUGUUUCCUGGUGUGAAAAAAGGGCAAGUACUGCCGAGGACUUUGUGAUCAUGGUACAUGCAUACCAUAAGACAUCAUUAUUGUGUACUCGUAUCUAUCUCUUUCUACACUUUCAUUGACUUCAAUUCUUGAUGGCAUCUUGCUCCACAGGACGACCAUCCGUACUACAAGGUGCAUUGCAUUUCUCCUGGUUCCUGCAGGUCAUCACCCGUGUGAAGGGUGGCAAUAAUCCAUAAAAUGCCUGGGAAUAUCAUUAUACCUCAGCAGCAGACAGCCUUCCAAGAUUCUCGCAGAAAAGAAUUUCCCAUCGCCAUGAUCCCUCGCAUCUUCUCAGGGUCCGGUUGCAUAGAGCGUAGCGAUCGAUUGUAAGGGUGAUUUGAACGCUAGAUGAUCAUAAAUGAUUGUAGUAGUAAUAGAAAAAAUCAACUCUACAGUCGAUCAUUAAGCUAAAUGUCACAGCGCCCUCAUCAUUUUUUAACCCAAAGAUGAAGAGAAGCACAAGACUCAACAUGCCUUGAUGAUGCUAUAUGCAGUAUCUUGCAUACGCUUGAUAAAACAAAGCAAUGACACAAUAUGUAUAAAAAUAUAACAUAGUUCAUAGAUUUUAUGAAAACUAAAUGAUUAGAUACAUGUAUGAUCUAUAUAUUUUAUUGUUGAAUCAUUUAAUGAUUCGGUUUUCUAUGAUAUAAUGUUAUACUAAACAUUCCGUGUUAGUGCCCUGUACUAUCAUGCUUUUCUAUUAACCGUAGUGCAACGUACUGCUCAAAUAUUAGGAGAUUUACCAUUUGUCUUUAAUAUUUUACGGUACAGCUUUAACCAUUUUGUCUAGCAUUCACUUGGUCUUACCCCGCUUUGUCUUAAAGGGGAAGUUCACCCUGAAGAAAACUUUGUUGUAAAAAUAGCAGAA